UACAAGUACAAGCACUUCAGUUUCACUCUCUCACUGUCAUCAACAAUGGCAUCUUCCAUUUCUCUACCCUCUUCAACCCUUAUCUUCGCAAUCUCCAUUUCGAUCUUCAUCUCUCUCUUCUCACCCACUCAUUCCGCCAUCAACUGCGCCACCCAGAAGCUCCCAUCGGGCCGCAACUACGCCAGCUGCACCAAUCUCUCCUCCCUCGGCGCCACCCUCCAUUUCACCUACAACGAAACCAACAGCUCCAUCGCCGUCGCCUUCUCCGCUGCGCCGCCGAAGGGCGGCUGGGUCGCAUGGGGUCUCAACCUCGCCGGCGGCGGCAUGGCUGGUACUCAGGCCCUCGUCGCCUACAAGGGUGGCGACAAGAACGUUGUCGGGGUCCACCUCUACAACAUCACCUCCUACUCUGAACUCGCCGAGGUCAAGAGCUUCUCCUUUGAGACGUGGGACCUCUCCGCCGAGGAGUCCUCCGCCGCUAUCACGAUCUUCGCCGCGGUGAAGGUGCCGGAGAACGCGGACAACAUCAGUCAGAUCUGGCAGGUGGGCCCCGUUGUGUCCGGGAAGAUAAACAAGCACGACUUCAAACCGGAGAACCUUGCGGCCAAGGCGCCGCUGUCGGUGGUGGCCACGACAGCAGUGGUUGGAGGUGGAAACACUACCAGUGGGAGUGGGAACACCACUACUUCUGGCCAGAAGGGUGGUGGGGUCCAUGUGAUGGGUGAGAGAUUUGGACUGGGAUUUUACCUAGGGGUGGUUUUGGUUAUCAUGAGUUUUCUCACCAUGUGAUUCUGACUUUUAUUUUUUCACCUUUGAAUAAUUAUUCUUAUCCUAGCUUUGUGGAUCUGAGGAUCUCUCAACUUUUAUUCUAGUAGUUUACUUUUUA